ACAGAAGCCGCCACCAGAGCAUUGGUGGGCGAUUUGCAGCCGGCACUUCGAUGCGAUGGGCACUGGCAUCUGCACCAAGCGAUUAGUAGGGCUUGAAGCGAUUCGAAUGCAGUGGGCCAUGAGGUAGUCGCUAUAAGUAUCUGCUACGCUUGCUGUCAGAUUCUAUAUCACCAACCUCGAUCAUCAGCUUCUUUUGUCCAAUCCCCAUACAGGCUCGUCAUAUUCAGAACACUUUCCAAUCAGCACCCACCCAAUCAGAAUGAAGGCAACUACAUUCGCUACAAUUUUGGCAGCCAUUGCCACGGGUGCCGCUGCAUUUCCAGCCCCUAUUGGCUCAGAAGGUCUGAUCGCUCGUGACGACCAGGCACAGGCUGCCCAGCAGAACACUCAGUCAUCGGACCAGGCUGCCGCUCCUCAGCAGGUGCAAAGCAAGCAGCAGCAAGCCCAGUCCGCUGGAACUCAGGAGCAACAAAAUGCCAAGGCUCAGCAAGGGCAGCUCAGUGCUCAGCAGCAGCAAGACGCUCAGAAACUAGAUGCCACCAACGCGUGGUGCUACGACAACUAUCGCGGCUACUCUUCAUGUGGUCCAGAUAGCUACUACUCGCAACAUGUCUGCCAGGAUACUUGGACUGGACAGUGGUAUUUCUGCACUUACAAUGACUGGAUCCAGCAAUACUUUGGCUAUUAUUACCCCCAACGACAAUGCUACGACGACUUUGGCAGACAGUACCCGUGCAAUCAGCCUCAGCCACAGUACUGCCGCGAUUUCUACAACAACAUUGUCCCAUGUAAUGGACGUUACCAGCCAGACAACAGAAAUGUCUGCCGUGAUCUACGGGGAAAUAUCACUCCUUGCCUCCUCGAUAGCACGGAAUCCGCUUCUGUCGACACGCCGUUUGGGAAGUUCUCGGCCUCGCGCACAACUGGUGGGAACCAGAAUAACAACCCCAACGGAGGUGUUAAUUGCAAGGUUGGUGAGGAUGGCAACUUGGAAUGUGCUGCUUGAGAUGGAAGGAAUGCAAGCGGCGUGAUUCGUCGGAUCGAUGAGGAACGAAGUCAUUUCGAAGAGCUGUACGUCGGUGGCGAUGCGAAAAGAAUCGGUUGCAAAAAGUUCGGUCACGAAGUCAGAUGAAGUUUACGAAUGUCGAUAUAAUGAUAAUACUCUUGCCAGUUCAGUUUUAUGUUCGGACACUUCACCGCUGUCCAAGGAAACGAUCACAGA